AUGGAUUCCGCUAAGAGCACCCCAGUCGAGCCAGCCCACAAAGGCAUCCUUAGAGACGAGACAGUAAUGCUCCGAUGGAUUUUUGGUUAUUGCCGUAACGCUCAGCUAAUCAAUGGCAUGAGUUGGCCUGACAUACCGCGGACAUCUGCCCCACGCGGCUUUAAUUCAGACAUCAAAGAUCUAGGAUUUCUCAGCAUUGAUGUUGAUCAUUUCAGAGUUGAAGAUGGUGUAAUCCAACGAGUCAAGGUUGGUGUAUCUUACCUCACUGUACACGCACUACAAAACUUACAUGGCAAAUGUACGCAAGGUGAUGACUUGGCGUCCCGUCUUAUUAAAUCUCGUCAUUGGGUGUUUGACUCCAAAGGUGCAUUCUCAUCGUAUAGUCAUCAUUUCUUAUUCGGCAAAGCAAUGGCGAUAAAGAUAACGGACUUGGGAACGUCCCUAAAAAGAUUCACCAGGAAGCCCUAUGUUCUUGUUGUUCACGGGGCAAUGCAAGAGCUUUCGCUGCUUUCGUUGUUGAACAUAAAGCUUGAACCCGUGUUCGUUAUCGACACCGUCAAAGCAGCUCAGUUUCCGCUGCAAUUGUGGUAUAGAAACACCCUCAAGGAGCUGCUGGAGAAGUUUGAGAUUCCCUACUCGCAACUUCAUGUAGCUGGGAACGAUGCACAUCUCACGCUUCGGGUGCUUCUCAUGAUAGCUGUCAGAGACGCUGAGAUUCAUUUGGAAGGGAAGAAUCUCCCUGACUGGAUUCCGAUCUUGAAAGCUGUUGCCCAGUCUCCGUUACCCCCAAGACCCCCGACCAAGCGCGAGCUAGCCGCUAUAGCUGAAGCAGAAGCCGAGCGACAUACAACGAUCGAAGCAAAAGAAGUAUAA